CCCCGCCUCACCGCCCACCGGCCUGUUUCCUUAUCGUCAUCGCGGAUUUCUCCCUGCUGCUGUGUCACAGUUCGGUUAACGCCGACCGAACUUCUUCGACAAAACUACAGCAACAUGGUGGACUUCUAAGAGGCCUCUCCAACAUACAAUAUGGAUUAAAGAGCGACUUAUAAAGCGGUGAAGCACCACCUGUGUCAGGGAGGAAAUGCAGGACGAAAGCGGCAAAGCAGCACUCGGGAGCCCGGCUGAAGCAAGUGCAACCACAGCGCGAGUAGGAGCGGAGAAUUCCGUAGACUUCAACGGACAUACUGUCAGUCAAAAUGGCCACAAUUCGACAGCUACGGAUGCACCACAGCCGCAGUUUGACUCCCGAGCCCAGAGUCCUGUACCCACUCCAGCUCCAGUGAUCCCAAGGGAACAGUGGGGAGGGAAGUACGAGUUCCUGCUCUCUUGUAUUGGAUACUGCGUGGGACUGGGGAACGUGUGGCGGUUUCCGUACCUUUGUUAUCGCAAUGGAGGAGGUGUGUUUCUCAUCCCCUACUUCCUUAUGCUCUUUGUUACGGGUGUUCCACUGUUCCUCAUGGAGCUAAGUUUAGGCCAGUAUGGAGCAGCCGGCCCCAUCACAGUGUGGAAAUGCUGUCCCCUGCUCAAAGGUAUCGGCAUUGGGAUGCUGUGUGUGUCCAUUCUGGUGUGUCUCUACUAUAACGUCAUUAUAGCGUGGACGUUUUACUACCUGGGCAGCUCGUUACAGAGCCCUCUGCCCUGGUCCUGUGAUGCUGUUGCCAAUCUAGGUCUCUGUGGCAACCGCACCACUGGCAAUAGCUCCACUGGUAAAGGCCUCAGCCCCACAGAAAAAUUCUGGAAUGAGCGUGUGCUGGGCGUAGUCCUCAGUGAGGGCCUUCACGACCCGGGCCCUGUCCGGUGGCCCCUGGCCCUGUGCCUCCUGGCUGCCUGGAUCAUCAUCUUCCUGUGUAUGCUCAAGGGCAUCCGCAGCUCUGGAAAGGUGGUCUAUGUAACAGCUACCUUCCCAUACUUUGUGCUCAUUGUUUUGAUCAUCAGAGGUGCUACACUGGAGGGCUCUCUUCAGGGCAUUGCUUUCUACCUCACACCAGACUGGAGCCGAUUAGCUAAUGCACAGGUGUGGAAUGAUGCCGCUUCACAGGUCUUCUACUCCUUAGGUAUUGGAGUUGGAGGGCUGCUUUCUAUGGCCUCUUACAAUAAAUUUGACAACAAUGUCAUCAGGGAUACUUUGAUUAUCACCACAGGAAACUGCAGCACCAGCUUUUUUGCAGGAUUUGCUAUAUUCUCAAUCCUUGGUCACAUGGCAUGGAAGAAGGGAGUGCCUGUGGGAGAGGUGGCAGAUACAGGUCCUGGGUUGGCCUUCGUUGCUUACCCAGAAGCCCUUGCUCUGCUGCCAGGCUCUGUGUUCUGGUCCAUUUUGUUCUUCCUCAUGCUCUUUAUGCUGGGGAUCGAUACGCUGUUUGGCAACAUGGAAGGCAUCACUACAGCCGUGCUGGAUGAGUUUCCGCACCUCAGAGCAAACACGCUGCACAAGUCCCUGUUCUUGGGCACUCUGUGUUUUUGCUUCUACUUGAUGGGUCUCCUGUUAGUGACUAAUGGAGGGAUUUACUGGUUCACUCUCAUAGACUCCUUCAGCACUAGUUUCGGUCUCAUCAUCAUCACCCUCUUCAUGUGCAUUGGCAUCUCCUUCUUCUACGGAGUCAACCAGUUUUGUCAGGACAUUAUUGAUAUGAUCCGCCAUUGUCCCCCCUGGUGUACUAAAGUGCUGCUUUACUUCAAAGCAUGCUGGGUUUUCUGCACUCCGUUUCUUCUGCUGUUCAUCCUGACCUACAUCUUCAUUGAGAUGUACAGAACAUCACUCAAAUACGGGUCCUAUGUAUAUCCACUGUGGGGUAAAGCGCUGGGAGUGUGCAUGGGCGCGACCUGCUGUCUACAGAUCCCCAUCUGGGCCAUAGUGGCCAUCAGCAAGGAAACUGGAACACUGAAAGAACGUUUCCAGAAAUCGAUUCGACCUCUAAAUUCCUGGAGGGUGAACAACUUGGACAGCACCGCGAGAGUCGAGGAGCACAUGGAGGCCGAGAGGGUUGAGGCUCCGUUCACCGUCACACUCACAGACAUGGACUUUACUGCAAUGACAUGGGAGGAGGGAAGCCAGGCAUGACAGCACUGAGAGCAGUGAUGAAAAGCACAGUGAUGAGCAAACUACGUUGUCAAGAGAAAGAUACAUUUAUUAUUUUCUGUUAUGUGUGUUAUCUGCCCCAGCUAGGCUCUGGUGGCUGUGUCUGAACAGACUGUUUGUCCUGCAGGGCAGUGUGAAUUAUUGCUUUAUUUAUACUUGUAUUGUAUACAUGUAUAUUUCAAUUGUAUUUUUAACUUCUUCUUUUUUAACAUUGUGUAGAGUGUAAAAUAGACGAGCUGAAAUAGACUUACAACUUGACAUUGGGAUGUUGAUCUAGCGGGACGAUCUUAUUUAUUGUCAUAGUAGUGUAGUGUAAUUAUUUUCCAUCGCCAGCAGCCAAUAGCAGCUGAGAGACCAGAUUUUUUAUUUCUCUACCUCCUUUUAGCCGGAGGG